AUGGGGAGAAAGAGGCAUGCUGGUGGAGACAAGGAUGGAGCAACCUCCAAAAAGUACUCAUUUUGGCCUGAGAAGCUUGACAAGCCUUUGGUUGAAUGCAUUUUGGAGCUGGUGGAGAAGGGGCUCAUUGUGGAUGGCAAUUCCAAAAAUAGCGGAUAUGCAGCACUCGAAAAGAUGUUGGAACAGAAGGUACCAGGCUGUGGUGUUAGGGGAAGACCCCAUAUUGAAGGACGGAUUAAGAAGUUGAAGAAAAACUGGCAGGCUAUCACAUUCAUGAGGAAUCAAAGUGGAUGGGGGUGGGAUGAGGCAAACAAGUGUGUCAAUGCCUUGAUGGGAAAUGGAAUGAUUUUGAACAAGUACGUAUGCAUAUAUUUAUGGUGUGUUGUCUUUUGUAGCAUUAUACUAGGCUGCUUAUAUGUUGUACAGUCCUCCAAGUAUGUAUGCAUGUAUUUAUGGUGUGCUGUCUUUUGUAGAUGUAUCCGACUUGUCGAGGUCUGA